CAAAGCACACUGUACCAAACAGGGAAUUUUAGCUUUACUCUGUGAACUCCUAAAAUUACAAUACAAGAGAUCUGAUUGGUUCUUUGCUGUUGGGAGGGUGCAAAAAGGGAUGUGACAAAGAUAGUAAAAUCUGACUCAGCAAAUUCAACAAUUGAUAUCUGUGUGUCACAGUCACAGAGUGAUUUACCUUUCAAAGCCGAUGUCCUACAGCACACAGGGUACAGAGUAGGCCUUCAGGGCAGAGCAUAUGGAGACUAACAGCAGAGAAACACUGAAGGCAGACUUUGAUGCAUUUGAUAUUUCUGAGGAGCUUGGAUUUCUCCUUGAAGAGCCACUGACUAACCUUCCAGACUAUUAUCGGGUGUGGUUGGACCUGGCAAAUAAUCUCACAGAUCUGAUAGAGUCGCAUAAACUACGGGAUCUGGUUCAUAAGAUGCCGGUCUUGAGUCCUGAUUUCUUGAGUGACCAUCGAGAGCUAAGACUGGCUCACCUAGCGCUGGGAUUCAUCAGCAUGGGAUAUGUAUGGCAGGAAGGACAACAUGGGCCUGCUCAGAUUCUUCCAAAAGCCCUUGCCUUGCCAUACUGGCUGGUAUCUCGUAGGCUCGGCCUUCCACCCAUCCUGACUUAUGCAGAUUCAGUUUUAGCCAACUGGAAAUUAAAGAAUCCCACAGGGGAUAUGGAAAUUGGGAACAUGGACUUGAUAUUUUCCUUUCCUGGUGGUGAGAGUUGCAGGGGAUUUUUCAUAGUGUCAUUGUUGGUCGAGAUGGCUGCCAGUUCAGGCAUAACGGGGGCUCUGGAGGUGAUGCAUGCGAUGAAAACCUUGGAACUCAGUGGCAUACAGAAAGGUCUUGUCAAAGUAACUCAGUCUUUGAAGAAGAUGAAGGAGACGUUCAAACUCAUGCACAAUCAUGUGGAUCCAACUGCCUUUCAUGGAACAUUGAGAAUUUUUGUCUCAGGGUGGCGAGACAACCCCAUGCUUCCAAGGGGGCUGUUGUAUGAAGGUGUGAGCAAUGAGCCAAUUUUGUUAUCAGGCGGAAGUGCAGCCCAGAGUUCAACCAUUCAGUGCUUUGAUGCUUUACUAUGCAUCCAGCAUGAGGAUGAGACAAGAUCCUUCCUGACACGCAUGAGGGAAUACAUGCCUCCUGCCCACCGUCAGCUGAUAGAAACUCUGUCUGUCUGUCCUUCUCUGAGAGACUUCAUCCUGUCCAGCUCCAGCUCGGAUCUCUGCAAGGCCUACAAGUCCUGUGUCUCAGCGCUUGUGGAUUUACGGAACUACCACCUCAAUACUGUGGCCAAGUAUGUCGUUGUGCCUGGUAAUCACGCCCGUGCCAUGGGGUGCCCGCUGAGAGGUGUGGGCACUGUACUGAAUGACACAGGGACAGGCGGAUCCAAUCUUAUGGUCUUCCUCAAGAGUGUUCGUAACACCACUCAAAAAGCACUAAUUUUAGAAAGGCCAUCUGCUUCAAAAGAAACUGAAAUGUGAUAUAUAUACAGUAUAUGUAUACAUCACUAUAAAAUUAUGAUAUGCACAAUAUCCAUCAACUUUUUAUGCACUAUGCUGUUCAGGUUGUACAAACCCGAUUCCAAAAAAGUUGGGACACUGUACAAAUUGGGAAUAAAAACAGAAUGCAAUGAUGUGGAAGUUUUAAAUUUCAAUAUUGUAUUCAUAAUACAACAUAGAUGGCACAUCAAACUGAGAAAAUGUAUAAUUUUAAGGGGAAAAUUAGUUGACUUUAAAUUUUAUGGCAUCAACACAUCUCAAAAAAGUUGGGACAAGGCCAUGUUUACCACUGUGUGGCAUCCCGUCUUCUUUUUAUAACAGUCUGCAAACGUCUGGGGACUGAGGUGACAAGUUGCUCAAGUUUAGGAAUAGGAAUGUUGUCCCAUUCUUGUCUAAUACAGGCUUCCAGUUGCUCAACUGUCUUAGGUCUUUUUUGUCGCAUCUUCCUCUUUAUGAUGCGCCAAAUGUUUUCUAUGGGUGAAAGAUCUGGACUGCAGGCUGGCCAUUUCAGUACCCGUAUCAGUAUCCUUCUUCUACUUAGCCACAAUGUUGUAAUUGAUGCAGUAUGUGGUCUGGCAUUGUCAUCUUGGGAAAUGCAAGGUCUUCCCUGAAAGAGACGACGUCUGGAUGGGAGCAUACGCUGUUCUAGAACUUAGGUAGACCUUUCAGCAUUGAUGGUGCCUUUCCAGAUGUGUAAGCUGCCCAUGCCACACACAUUCAUGCAACCCCAUAGCAUCAGAGUUGCAGGCUUCUGAAUUGAGCGCUGUAACCUCUUGGGUUGUCCUUGUCCUCUUUAGUCCGGAUGACAUGGCAUCCCAGUUUUCCAAAACAAACUUCAAAUUUUUUCCACUUUGCUACAGUCCAUUUAAAAUUAGCCUUGGCCCAGAGAAAAUGCCUGCACUUCUGGAUCCUGUUUAGAUAUGGCUUCUUUUUUGACCUAUAGAGUUUUAGCCGUUAAUGGCAAAUGUCACGGUGGAUUGUGUUUACCGACAAUGUUUUCUGGAAGUAUUCCUGAGCCCAUGUUGUGAUUUCCAUUACAGUAGCAUUCCUGGAUUUGAUGUUGUUCCGUCUAAAGGCCCGAAGAUCACAGGCAUCCAGUAAGGUUUUCCGGCCUUGAUCCUUACGCACAGAGAUUGUUCCAGAUUCUCUGAAUCUUUGGGUGAUAUUAUGCACUGUAGAUGAUGAUUACUUCAAACUCUUAGCAAUUUUUCUCUGAAAAACUCCUUUCUGAUAUUGCUCCACUAUUUUUCGCCGCAGUAUUGGGGGAAUUGGGGAUCCUCUGCCCAUCUUUACUUCUGAGAGACACUGCCACUCUGAGAGGCUCUUUUUAUACUCAAUCAUAUUGUCAAUAUACCUAAUGAGUUGCAAAUUGGUCCUCCAGCUUUUUCCGGUCUCUUAUUGCUACCUGUCCCAACAUUUUGGGAAUGUGGAACUCUCAUAAAAUCCAAAAUGAGCCAAUAUUUGGCAUGACAUUUAAAAAUGUCUCACUUUACACAUUUGAUUUGUUAUCUAUAUUCUAUUGUGAAUAAAAAAUAAGUUUAUGAGAUUUGUAAAUUAUUCCAUUCAUUUUUUACUCACAAUUUGUACAGUGUCCUAAGUUUUUUGAAAUCGGAUUUGUAUUUAUGAAAUGUCUACAAAGUAAUAAGUAUCAACAGACAUUAUUCCCAUUAUUCUAAUUAGUAAACUGGGCUAGGUCAGCUGUGCUGGCUAAAUGUUUAGAGUGCUCUUAGUAACCAUUUGAUAAAACCAAAGAGAGGAGCAGUUUAACACUAGAUAAAAAUAUUUUUUGCUGACCCCUAGUGGUUUAACAUCUUGGUUUGCUCCAGUGAUGUAGAAGUAUACUCAAGGGAGUGUUAAGUCCACUGUGACAUCGCUGUAGUCAAACCUCUGCCAUAAUUUAGAAUCCUGUUUCUGUCAGGGGAAAAAUAGAUAAAAGGUUAUGCAUGAUAAUUAUAAAAAUGCUCAUGUUAGCCAGAAUGAUUAAAUAACUAAAUCAAAAUUUCCAAAAGACUUUUUUUUACCUACUAUCUCAAACAAAAAAUCUAAAUAUUUGUGUUAUUAUUAUUAUUAUUUUUUUGGCAGAAAUGGGCUUCUACAUAACCCUCAAAAUCACUUAAAAAUGCACUUUGUUUGGACAUAAUAAUUAAUUUAAAUAUAUAACAUGAUUGUAAAAACCUUUCCUGACCAUGCUAUAGAAGAGUCUACAUCUAAUGUUGCAUCUUGGCCAGAUGUGGUCAACGCAAUAGCGGUGUCCGAAGAUUGGUGUGGUCUGAGCAACAUCUUCUGUCUCUCCACUUUGCGCCCUUGGCCCGAGAACCGUGCAAGAUACAGUCACAAAACUUUAGAGGUGUAUAGUUGACAUUAAAAUGAAGAUCACGUUCGAAAGUGGGUGAUCUAUAUAAUCAUAACAAUGCCUGUUGUGCAAUCGUGCGGUUUUGACCUGUUUAAAAACUAUUUAUAAUAUGGAAAUAGGUACGUAUAACAUGCAUACAAAGAUAACAAAUAUUGUAAAGCAUUUUUCUAAAUGGCAUUUGUUCGAUAAACUACUUUGUUUUUUGUAAACAGAAACUGAAAAUGGAAACUUCUAGGUGUUUGACAGUAAGGGGCUGAUAGACAAAGGAAAUAAAUGCAGAGAGAAUCUUGAGCUGUGGGCAAAAUAGAGGAAAGAAAUACGCUGGUGAAAUACAAGAAUAAGAGAAUCAGCUGAGAAGAAUGAAAGAGACAAACAGAGUAGGGGUAAUCAGGGGAGAGGGAUGCAUGUGGGAUUACGUCACUUGACUUUAAGGUUGUCUCUUUUUCCAAUUGAGCACUAGUCACAUUAAAAGAGAGAAGAAAGUUCUACCACACUGCUGCUGCUGAGCCCUGGUUAUGGUCAAGCUCUGCUUUACUAAAGCACAAAAGAUGUAAAAUGUGGACCGUUUGACAUUGGGUGAAUACCGGGCUGUAACCACACAUACUGGCAUAGUUUUUUUUUUUUUACCUCUAACGGUAUCCUCUAAUAUUACUUGAAAACUUGAAUAAUGCAAUCCUCAUAUAAGUUUAUGUUAUGGCCACUGGUUUCAAUUAUUUAAACUUUGUUUCUGAGAAAUCAUGUUGUGCCCAUCAUUUGGGCAGGGGGGAUGGCUCUAAAUACUACAAUAUUUAUAAGCCUCAGACAGCAUUGCUUUGGAGAAGACUCCAGUCAGAGGCGCAAGCCAGAGCGGCAGAGAAUUCAAAACGCUUUGUCAAUCCAGGGCAAAGCGUUUUAGGAGGAUUUUAUCAUAUGUUUUUUUUUUAACCAAAAUGCACCUUGUCAAUUGUAGUUUGCCCAAAAGUUUGUGUUCACAAGCUUGUACCUUCAAGU